UUCUGCCUUAUCUUUAAAAAGAAAAAAAAAAUAGUAUGUAAAAAAAUGUGCAGUUUUCAGACUGCUGCGCAUCUGAUAGAAGGAAUGAUGGGCUGUAGUAUCCGAUAGCAGUGGACUUAGUUUGACAUCCCAGAGGCCUUUAUUUCUUUCCUAUGUCAUUCAGUGAACAGCAUGCUUACCUGGAGUGUCUGAUUGCAGUUCAGUGUUAACAUGUGCUCAGAAGGAUUUGAAGAUGUGUCUGAACAAUAAGCCCUCAAGUACUAGGCUAAAGUAUAGAAAUGGCUGUCGAUUUCCAUUACAUAGGCUACUGCAGUUAUCUAAGAAAUUGGACAUUAAUGUAACUGGAAAAAUAUUUUGCCUAGCAAGUCAUGAGAUACUUGAGAAUGGAACCUAAACCUCGUGACUUGAGCCCAACUUGGUUUCUAGUUGAAGAAAUUAUGCUGCUUUCAAAUUAAAUUAAAAAAAAAAAAAAAAAUCCAACAGCUGAUACUAUGGAAGUUUUGGACAUCCUUAACUAGUUAGACUGGAGCAGAUCUGUAAAGUAUGCAAAUCUUUAGAUAUUUGAAAACAUCCUCUGGCAGUAAGGAAUCCUGUUGGCUUGUUUCUGUGAAAGGUACUUCCUGGAGCAUAACAAAAGAAAAAGCUGAAGUCUCGCUGCAGACCUCUGUCCAUAUAACUGUUGAAAUCCCAGCAUUGCAGCUCCUGUAGAGAAUGCCUGCUUCUUAGCAAAAGCACUUAACUGAUAACUUUAAGAGUGAUAUCUUGUUCAGCAGUAUGCAUUUAAUAUGUGUUCACCUCAGUUGUUGAUGAUCUCAUAUGCGACAUCUAGAUGCCAUUGCCUCCAGGCCAGUCACUGGAUAGAGCUGAUGGCAAGAGUGAAAUGCCUCAGGUUCUGAAUAUAUUCACUCCAUAGUGAAUUGUAGUUGUCUUAUUAAGAGACAAGAAUGGUCUUGAAUAAGUGGAUUAUCAUACUUUCACUAAAUGGUGGGUGAUGAAAAUAAUUGCAGCGUAAGGAUAAUGUUAUUUCUUACAGAGAAAAGGCACAAACACAAAACAUUCUUUAGAACUGCAGGGCAAAGAUUUGUUUACUCCAUACUGGAUUGUCCUUUUUCUGGCAAGGACUGGCCUUCAUUUUGAAUCCCACGCUAAUAGCUGCUGAUUUUUGUCGUGUCCCUGCUGGAACUAGGCUUAAUUUCUUUUGUUAAUAAAAGGAGUUUCAUCUAUGUUUCAUGCUGCUUAGUUGUGAUAAAGUCUGGUCACUUCUUGCUUUAUUUUAACGUAUUAGCAGGUUAUCUAUUAAGGCUUUAUGGGGUUAAAAUAAAUCUAGAUGUGUUUACACAGCAUCUGCUUUAAUGCAGUAGGCACAGCUGUUUUUGGAUGUAUUCUGGCUAGAUUCCAACACAGGCAGUCACAUUUUCCCUGUUUCUGAACUCCUUUGUAGCUUAAGUUGUCAGCCAAGAACAUGAGAAUUGCAAGUAGGCUGCUAUACCUGUUUAUUUCAAAAAAAUGAUCUAUUAAGGGUCCUAUUGCUGUGAGAAGAAAUUUUAAAAAUCAGGUUUUUAUUAAUUCAUCUGGAAUUGUGUUUCAUUCUAUUAGCUUUUGAAUGUUUAGGAUUCAGUUUCAAUUCUUUCAAGUGAUAGAAGCUAAAAGCUUUAAAGUGAUCUGCAAGAGUGGUUUAUUUGUGUAAGACGAAGCAUUCAGGCUUUUAUUUGUGGAGGAUCAAACAUCAUAAAGCUUAGGAUAUAAUCGUGACAGCUGGCAGGAUGGCAAUAGGCAGUGGCCAGUUGAGAGUAGGACGUAGGCAGAGAAAAAGGGCAGGCUGAGGUAACAUCUUUCUGAAAGAAAGAGGCCUGCAGGUUGGCCCCAGAAAAAUUUGAUUCUAAGGGGGAACAACAAUUAUCUCUGUAUUUUUAAUUAGACAUUAACAGAAUUCCAUUAUUGCUUCUUCUGACAAGGGGAACAUAGAUAGUCAUGCAUCAGCAGUCGGGUGCAUUGUAUCUUUAAAACUUUGAGGUGCUCCUGCUUGUUGGAGGUGAUGACAUUUUGUGUUGGUUUUCCUGUUAGUUUAUCCUGUAGACUUUGUUUAUUGUGUCAGAACUAGCUUAGACAGCAAAGUACAGGAUUGUUUUUGCAUGUGGAAAAGUUGUGACUUUUAUUUGAACUGUCCCACAUGGGAUAACUGUAGAAUUUGAGUACUGUGUACCUUUUGUAGCUAGUUGCCAGGCAGGGAUUGACCAACAAGGAUUAAAGCAGCUGUAGCCUUUGAAUAAAAUUGCUUGCAGUAGUAUUUGCGGUUCUGUGUCACCUGGAGCAUUUCUGACAUUGUUGGAAGCUUCUGUUUGGAGCUAUAUGCUGUCUAGGCUUGUCAACGAUUGUCAAGGUUAUUGUCUCUUUUUCUCAGACACAGAUGAAGAACUUGCUCCUUCUGUUCCUGCUAGCAGAGAUGCUGCCUUCUGCAUUUUUAGGCCAUAGGAUGAGGCGGCAGACUGGUGUUUGGGGAAGCUGGGGUGAAUGGGGCAAGUGCAGUCGGAGCUGUGGUGGUGGAGUCAGUGUUCGGCAACGGCGCUGCUACUUCCAAAGGACAGAAAGUGCUUCCAGUUGCAUUGGACCAACUCGAAGCUAUCGCUCAUGCAAUAUUCAGAGCUGUCCGGAAAGUUCCAGAGAUUUCCGGGCAGAGCAGUGUGCAGAGUUUGACGGGACAGAAUUUCAAGGAAAGAAAUACAAGUGGCUUCCAUAUUAUGGAGCACCCAAUAAGUGUGAGUUAAACUGUAUUCCGAAGGGAGAAAACUUCUACUACAGACACAAGGAAACUGUGAUAGAUGGAACUACUUGUGAACCUGGCAAGCGGGAUAUCUGUGUAGAAGGAGUUUGUCAAGCUGUUGGCUGUGAUAACAUACUAGAAUCUACCAAGAAGGAGGACAAAUGCCUACAGUGUGGAGGAGAUAACAGCACCUGCUAUGAUGUGAAGGGUACUUUCGAUGUGCCCAACCUCCCCAAAGGGUACAAUCAAAUGUUCAUCAUCCCUGUGGGAGCCACCAGCAUCCAAAUCAAGGAGGUUAUGCCAAGCAGGAACUUUAUGGCUGUCAAGAAUGUGCAAGGGGAUUAUUAUCUGAAUGGGCAUUGGACAAUUGACUUCAGCCGAACGCUACAUAUAGCUAGCACAGUUAUGCACUAUGAUCGUGGCUCAGAAGGUGAUCUUGCCCCAGAGCUCCUCCAUGCCAGGGGUCCCACCACAGAGCCCUUGGUCAUUGAGCUCAUCAGUCAGGAGCCAAACCCAGGAGUACAGUAUGAAUACUACCUGCCUACACACAGACAGUCCACAGGUUACAGCUGGAGCUACAGUUCCUGGAGUGAGUGCAGCUCUGAGUGUGGAGGAGGCUUCCAAUCCCGUUUGGUGUUUUGUACCAUAGACAAUGAGAUUUAUCCAGACUAUAUGUGCAGUAACAAACCACGACCAGACAGUAACCGGACAUGUGGCCAUCAGGCUUGUCCCCAAACAAAAAGGACUUCUUACAUCUCUCCGCCACAAGCCUGGAGCCACGGUGGAGCACGGAGCUCUCAGAUGAAGAGGUGGAAAACAGGGGAGUGGGGACCCUGCUCAGCUACCUGCGGUGGAGGCACCCAGACUCGCUCUGUUUACUGUGUAGCAUUUGAUGGUCAGAACUCCCAGGGUGUUGUGGACAACGCUGAGUGUAUGGCCUUUGCACAGCAGCCUCACAGCAGUCAGCCCUGCAACAGGAGACAGUGUGCAACCUGGAGCACAGGGCCCUGGUCAGAGUGCUCAGCCAGCUGUGGGGAAGGUGUCCAGACCCGGACUGUCACCUGCAGAACGCAGCGGGGCUCUCAAGCUCAGGACUUUGCUUGUUUAAUGGAACCAAAGCCACCAGCCACCCAGCCCUGCCUUAAGGAGAACUGCAUCCAAGAAGUCGGCUGGCACGUUGGAGACUGGGGCCUGUGUUCAAAGAGCUGCAGUUCAGGCAUCCGGACACGCCAAGUUAUCUGUGCUGAUGGUGACUCCAAAUUCUACAGUGCUGAUAUAUGCAAAUCCAUCCAACCACAGAAGCCAGCCACCCUGGAUAGCUGCAACGUGCAGCCUUGCUACCUGCCACAGCAGGUCCCCAGUAUGCAGGACACUAUGGGAUAUGAUAUCAGUCGACAGUCUUUGCUGACGCGUUACAACCCAAACAGCCCUCCCACAGAUUCUGGUGAUGGAAGGUUGCUCCCUGGGAGCUCCACAGUUCACAGCAGCUCUAGGAAUCACCACAUCAAUUCCACUGAGGACCAUGGCAUCAACUUGUUGCCUGUUCGCUGGGAAUCCCAGUCACGAUCAUCAAAUUAUCAUCAGCUCAGCAUCACUCAGCACCCCACUGCAGGAACCAGAUCUCAGAACUGUUAUCAGACCCCACAUGGCUGCUGUCCAGAUGGACACACUCCAGCUUCAGGCCCUUUGGGGAGAGGUUGUUCCUUCAACACCUGUCACCAAAACAGGUAUGGAUGCUGUCCUGAUGGAGUAUCAGCUGCCCAAGGUCCAAACAACGUGGGAUGCCCACAGCAUGACAGUGAUGUUCAUAUGAGAAGAAAUCAGCCUGCUGCAGCUGUUCCAACAGCAAGCCAAGCCUUAUCCCAGCAGCACCCCUCUGGCGAGUGCCGCAGUUCAGUGUACGGCUGCUGUUUUGACAGUGUCGCUUCGGCUGCAGGUCCUGAAGGGGAAGGAUGUCUCAAUAGGCCCAACUACCCAUAUCCUGUCAUGUGCCUGCUGCCCAGUGCUCACGGCCCCUGUGCGAACUGGACCACUCGCUGGUACUUUGUGACUGUUGUUGGCAAGUGCAACCGGUUCUGGUAUGGCGGCUGCCAUGGCAAUAAAAACAGCUUUGCUUCAGAGGAGGAAUGCAUGAGAGUGUGUCAUAGCUCUGUGGGGAUUAGUCCCUUGGAGCACCAGCCCUCUUCUGGCACAGGAGCCCUGCAACGGCAGGACACUGGCUCUCAUUUUCAUAUGGGUGCUGCUCAGGGUAAGCAGCAGCACCUGCCAAGAGAGUCUUCAAGUCAUGGCCAAGAAGGAAGAUCCUACGGGGCUUCAAACCCCUCGCAGAACAGACAUGGAGAGAACUCCUGGAGAAGAACCAUUCUGGAGGAAGCCAAGCUCUCUCUUGUGACAGCAGUCAAGGGACAAAACAUUCAACUGGCCUGCAAGGCAAGCAUGUCCCCCUUCUCCAAGGUGGAGUGGAUGAAGGAUGGCCAGACAGUCUCCUCUGACAGGCACAUCUACCAGUCUGACAGCUCUUUAGUUAUCAGCCACGUCAAGCUGGAGGAUGCUGGGACUUACACAUGCCUCAUUUCUGAUGGGAGGACAGAGAGACAGCGGCAGAUUCAGUUACAGAUCAUAGAGUACCAGAGUGCUGUUCUGGCAGAGGGUGAGAGAGGUCAGGUCCUUCACAAGGAAAAUCAGCAGCACCGAGAGCUACCCAGAGACGGGAAGGUUGUACAGGCAGCCGGUUCCUCUGUGCAUCAGCAAUUCACAUAUAGGUUGAGAAUGGACAAGAGCGAGCCCUCAGUAGUGGAGGCCAAAGUUGGGGAGAGAGUCAGACUGCCCUGCACAGUGGAAGCAUCUCCAGCUCUCACCAUUGAGUGGCAGAAAGAUGGGCAGCCCCUCUCCCCUCCCAGACACAGACAGCAGUCAGACGGGGCCCUGGUGAUCAGCCGGGUUAGCUCUGAGGACGCCGGCUUCUUUACCUGCAUCGCCUCGAAUGGACGUGACCAGGACCAGCGCCAGGUCCUGCUCCGACCUCUAGGAGGGCUGAGGAUUACUGGUCUUCUGCCGAGCAUUAAGGUAUCUGAAGGAGAAACUGCUCAACUUCAUUGUACAGUGACUGGCAACAAUGUGAAUAUAAGGUGGUCAAGAAAUGGAGUCCCAGUGAGGGCAGAUGGCCGCCGCGUCCACCUGUCCCAGGAUGGAAGCCUGACCAUAAGCAAUGUUCACUUGGCUGACGAGGGAUCCUACACAUGCAGCGCCUACAGCAGCAGCAACUCUGUCAGUGCCAGCACAGAGGUGAAAGUGUUGAGGAGCAGGCCCAGCACAACUGUGAAUCACGUUGUGGACCCGAGCAGAGAAUGUGUGGACCAGCCGCACCUCGCCAACUGUGGGCUGAUCGUGCAGGCCCAGCUCUGCAGUAACGAGUACUAUGCCAGCUUCUGCUGUGCCAGCUGCUCUCGCUACCAGCCGCACGACAGCCCUCCUCAUCGCAGUGGGUGACAGACACCACCAAGGCCGUGUGGAACAGCAGGUGACAAGACAAGAAUCUUGAACUCUGUUCUUCUACUGUAUGAAACUGUUCUGGCAGCUCAAGAGGGCAGAUUUAAUGGUGUAGGGUGUAAUUGCCAAAAGGUGGGAGAACCACCAUCCUCAGGUUUAUUGCAAACUUCUUUCUUCUGACUCCUUGCAAUGUCUUCCUUGUAUGCCUUGCAAUAGCUCAUCCAUCUCUCCACAUAAUGGUAGUUGCUGCUUUUCACAGGAGGAGGUAGCACUGGGAAUACUCUCUCCAAAUGACUUUAGAGAGGGGAAAUAACCAGAAUGAAAGAUUCUUCAUAUAAGGAAAAGAGAAUAGCUCAAAAAAGCACCAUAGGCUGAAGUGUCUUAAGAUGGGCCUGAGCCGUCUUAACAGAAGGACUAAUGACCGAGGAACGUUUAUAAUGCUGAGGAGCAAAGGAAUCUGACCAUGACAAACAGCUUGGUGCAUGUAAAAUUAGCACUGAGGUGCUGUAAGAUUGCCAGCUCAGGAGAUGCAGCUGUGAUGUCACCUACUGCAGCUACGUACUGUAGCUGUUUUACUACAGCUCUCCUAAGUAGAAUUUAUCUUUGGGUCAGUUUGGUUUCCACUUAAAUGUAUUCAGCUCUGGAUUGAAAUGCAGAAAGCAAUGCUCCACAGAAAGCUUUGGACAAAAUGGAAAAAUGUAUUUAGCCUUUUCUGAAUGGUAGGGAUCAUUAACAUAACAACACUGUAGUAUGUUCUAAGAUGAUGCAGAUUAAACAUCAGUAUCUCUGGGAAGUAUUAUGAAGUUAGUUUGGUUUUUCCAGAACCAGAAUCGUGCUGUUGAAUUUAAUGCAAGUAUGGGCUUUUGCUAGCACUGUGCUGGGUAUCAGCUUGGAGAGGAGAGUAAUAUAAACACGUAAAUAGGUGUAGGGAUACUUGUCUUGCUGGAAUAAAUUUCCCAAUGAUCUGCUGUUGUCAGUAAGCUCCAGAAACACUUGGGUCUGCAUGUGGCCAGGGCUGAUUCUUGCUGUUAUGUGCCAACAAAUAGGGAUUUCCAGACACAGAGGCAAAGCAGUUAGAGCUAAAAAGCAUCCCUCCUGUCUGAACUAAUACAGAACACAGAGUGUCAGCUGGCAUGCAUGAGGCACUGAAAGAGAAAUCCCCGGGGAUUAAGGUGUGUGUGUGUGUGUGUGUGUGUGUGUGUGUAAGAUGGUAAGUAUAGGAUGGUUUGUUGACCCAGCAAAGGCACACCUUCAGUAACUCAAAACAGACUUAGACCUUCCAACCUUUUCUACAGUCUCAAUAUUCUUCCUCCAUAGCACUAGCCCUAGAAGCAGCCUCAUUCUGCACUACCUUCUGAGUCUUGGGUGGGUUGCUGGUAUUAAUUGGCACCAUUUAUUGGACGUAUAGAUGUAGCUAUACUUCUUUGCUGGUACAGUGAUGUGUAGUGCUGAUGUUGAUGUUUGCAGGUGGGUAGUAAGGGCUGUUUUUUGCGACAGCUUUGUGUUUUUUAGUUUGUUGCUUUUAGGUUGUGUUUUGAUUUUUUUUCCUAGUUCUGCUUCUCUAAUUUAAGGCUUCUAUGAAAGGAAGCUAAUUCUGGACUGUGAUCACACCACUCUCCUCUCCUUCAGUCCAGAACUGGCACUCAGGGCAGCAGUGAUAUGUGGGUGUAAAUCCCCAGGCUUGGCAGCCUAAAGCUGGUCUGAACUCUAAAUCCAGUAAAUCAGUUCAGCUGCAUCUAAAAAUAAGAAUUACCAACCUAAUGAUUGCCCUCUCUUCAGCACAGGUGUGGGUUCAAUACUGCACACGAUGCUUUAAGAUCUGAACAAACUGAACAGUCUAAAAGCAGUCCAGUAAAGGAACAAGAGGCUACAGACAGUUAAAAAGCUUUUUUUUCUUUUUUUUCUUUUUUUUAACUGUAUGGUACCACUCUGCUUUUUGAGACCAUGGACUGAUGAGAGGCUGUGUACGUUUCAGUCCUGUGUGGCAGGCACAGAGGGCAGCAAGGGGCUGUGAGCCCCCCCCCAGGAAGGUGGUUCCAAGUGGAUGGUGCCUGUAUCAGAUGCCUUUCUCCCAGAAUGAGCUGCCAUUUCUGUAAUACCAUCCCUUUCUUUGUUUCAGGGGCCCUGUUUUCUAAUAGUGCAGUCAGCUUUCAUUUAGGCUGUAUGAUUAGACACAGCAUGGUCAGGGAGCUCUGUCUCCAACCUGGUGAGAGCUGUAGUGGGCAUCUGUGUUCUGACAGACUGGACUUUUAACACUGAAGGAACGUUCUUUUUUUUUCUUUCUCUCAUUUAUUACUUGACCUCCUUUCAGAUGUGUAACCAUGGUAAUAAGGAUGGGAUCUGAAGGCAGUGUGUUGCUUCAAAUACAUGCCAUGGCUCUAGCAGUUAGUUAACUAAAGCAGUGUGUUUGCAUUUUCAUAUUUGGCAAGCAGAGAAUUUUCUUCUGUGUAGUAUCACUUAACCUCCUAAUCAAAUGUUUAUAUUAUUUGAGAAUCAAGAUAGUGGUUUUCUUCUCUAAACAAAGGAUCAUAGGAAGGUCAUUCUAUCCCCUUUACCCUUAUCUUCCAGGCAGAGGAAGGGUGUAGCUAUUUCCAUCUGAUCUCUGGGCACAGCUCUGACAGAACAAGGAACUAGUAGGAGAAAGGAAAAAAAAACCCCACAAAAACCACAGACCCAACCAACAUUAGAUCUCUAAGCGUAUGUGACUAUUUGCUAGCUUUCUGAAAGUCAAAUAAGCACAGGUACCAACUCCAAUACCAUAGGGUACUGGGGAUUGCUGCUGGUGCUGUACUCCACACAGGUAUGCUUAAGGUAAGAAAGAACCGGUAAAGAAAAAAGCCCCCAUUUUCUAGCCCACCUCUGUACUUGCCUGGAAAUGGCAACUGCUGGCAAGCUCAAAUGCUAGGGCCGAUGCAAGGCAGCAUUUCUCUCCUUUCAGGUUACAAAGUCUGACUUCGUAUUUUUCAGUAUAUCUAACACCAUGCACGUAAGCACGCAGUAAAAACCAACCACACUGAUAGGAUGGGUAUCAGCUUCCUGGGAGAACAGAAAGGAGUGAAAAUAUGGUGUCAUCCUGGGCAGCCCUUAGGAUCCUCCUUUUAAUAGCAAAGGAAAAGAAAGCCCAAGUGAGUAUUCCUUUCACCUGUUUUUCAAUGUUUGUGUUUUUGUCUUUGUAAGUGUUCAAUAUUAGAAAAUCCAGUGUUGCAAACCCAGAAACCAAUAUUUUCCAUAAAACCCUCCUUUGCAGAGCUUUUAAACAGCU